AUGGCGGAAUCUGAGGGCUUCUUUCCCGCAUUCCACUGUAUUAUCAAGAAGCAGAUCGAGCUGAAGUCUCGGGGCGUGAAACUGAUGCCGAGCAAGGACAACAACCAGAAGACAUCAGUGUUAACUCAGGUUGGUGUGUCCCAAGGACAUAAUAUGUGUCCAGACCCUGGCAUACCUGAAAGGGGCAAAAGACUAGGCUCGGAUUUCAGGUUAGGCUCCAGCGUCCAGUUCACCUGCAACGAAGGUUAUGACCUGCAAGGUUCCAAGAGGAUCACCUGCAUGAAAGUGAGCGACAUGUUCGCGGCCUGGAGUGACCACAGGCCGGUCUGCCGAGCCCGCAUGUGCGAUGCCCACCUCCGAGGUCCCUCGGGCAUCAUCACCUCCCCCAAUUUUCCUAUUCAGUAUGACAACAAUGCACACUGUGUGUGGAUCAUCACAGCGCUCAACCCUGCCAAGGUGAUCAAGCUGGCCUUUGAGGAGUUUGACUUGGAGAGGGGCUAUGACACCCUGACGGUCGGGGAUGGAGGGCAGGACGGGGACCAGAAGACGGUUCUCUACAUCCUGACAGGUAACUCAGUCCCGGAUCUCAUUGUCAGCACCAACCAUCAGAUGUGGCUCCUAUUCCAGACUGAUGGCAGCGGCAGUUCCCUGGGAUUCAAGGCUUCUUACGAAGAUCCUUACCUUAAUAACCACACUCGCCACAGGGACCUCACUCUCCAGAUUGGCUGA